GCUCCUUUUGCUUUUGGCGGCAACAUGCCAUUCUACCUCGGCUCAGCUAGGAGAUCUACUCAGCUGCAAAUAGACUGCGGUAAUCUAGAGUCUCAACAAUUUCUCCGCAACACUUAGCGGAAAGCUACGAGAGCUUCUUCAUCGAAAGGUUUAAAGUAACCAGCUGAACCACAACUCAAUCGAGAAAAGUGCCGAUAAGGCAACACGCGUUUACCCAGUGACGUCUGACUGAGCAUCCCUCUCCUGUGUCUCUGAACCAAUACAACCCGGCCAAGGACCAGUACCUUCGGCAUCCCCGCCUACGACGUGCUCCAAAUAUCCGAUCUUCCUCUAUCCUCUCGCAAGAGCACCGCCAUGGCUAGCAACAGGCAGUUAAAGCAGCGUCGAAGGGAGGACUACGGCUAUAUCUUAGACUACCGGACACGAUGGGCCGAUAAUGAUAUGUACCAGCACAUGAACAAUAGCAUCUACAAUUUCCUAUACGACUCCGUAGUCAACGCCUACCUGAUCGAGCACUGCGGCCUAUCUCCCUUGGGUUCUGAUCAGUACGGCCUUGUGGUACACUCGCAUAGCGACUACUUUGCUUCGAUUGCGUACCCCGCAGUCGCUCAAUUAGCGCUACGAGUGAACAAGUUGGGGAAGUCAAGCGUCACAUACGAAAUUGCCUUGUUUGAAAAGGGAGUGGACGAGGUGAGAGCAGUCGGGGAGUUUACCCACGUCUUUGUCGAGAGAUCUACCGGUCGUCCAACCGCAUCCGGAAUGCAGGACGGAAUGCGGAGGGGUCUACGGCGACUUCUGGUGGUGGAUGGCAGAGAAAAUAAGCUCUAAAUUGAACUCUAUCACCCACCCACUUGUGCCAUGGAGCUUAUCUCCGAACAAAUUCCUUUACAAGUUUACAGCUGCAAAUCCAGCUUUUGGAUUGCGCCAUCCUGUUCACCACUCGUGAAGAUCUUCUCUAGGAACUCCAAGUCCGCCAGCGCCUCCUCAGGUGAUUGCAGCGGGCCGGGUGCUCCGGCGGCCAAACCUUCGGCCCAGGCCUUGACCUCCUCCUUUACACCACUCGUCUGUUCAAAGUGAGUUGUUGUUGCCUCGCCGUCAAAGGGUUUGACGGUGAGGUCAUGACUCGACAAGGUCACACUGCCGUUCUCGCCCGCCACGUGGAAGUCGAAGGCACUCAGGGUUGAGCCAACACUGACGGCGAAGGAACCAGUGGCGCCCUGCUUGGUCUUGACGAUGGCAUUGAUGGUGUCAAUGGG